GGCACUGGAGGACAAAAUGUUCGGUCCUUUGGCGACCACCUUCCACAGCAACGCACCGCAGCUCAUGACAGUGCCUGCAGCAGUAGUGUACAGCGCUGCGGUCAACCUUUCGCUGGACCGCUGGACGGCGGUGUUCAAGCAAGAGGGCGUCGAGGUGCGCGGGCUGCUGGUGUUCCUCACGUGGAACCUGCCCUUCUUCAGCACCUUCGUCCGCCUUUGGGCACGCUACGGAGAGCGGGACAUGUACGCCUACGUGUCGUGGUGCACGGUCCAGUUGGCAGCACUCUUCGCGAACAGCGAGCUCGUCAAGAACUUCUACGAACCUACCGCAGCGGGCCUUGUUCUCGCACGGCGUGUUUUGCCUGAGCCGCACGUACAUGGGUUCCGGGAAACCGCUACUCACUAGCUAUGGCCGCGAAGUUCUGCCCGCAGUGGUGAGACCAGCAGCGGAGUCCCUCAGUCUAGGCGUCCGCGUCGCUUUCAAGAAGCGCCUGUCCGCCUGGGCUGACUACAACGACAGCGUGGCCGUG